CUGAAAAAGGAGCGUGUGAGGAAUGCGGCUGGAAGCGAGCAGGAGAAGCCCAGAAGCUCCACCUCAUCCACAGGCUCCACCCCCGGACGGCCUGAGGCCUCGGACACAGGCGGGAGCCCCCGGGAGGAGCACCCUCAUAGUCCAGAGCCUCACGUGUGCCUGUUGGACUGCAUGGCCCUGGACCUGCAGGAAAUGGACAUCUUCGCUGCAGAGCACCUGCCCUGUCGUCCCUGGGAUGGCGGCGGGCAGCCCGAGUCCUCCGACCUCAUCUUUCCCUCAUACUCUGUCCGCCGAACCGGAGACAAUCUGCUCAAAGACCGCUGCCGCCUGAGGCUCAAAGUGGAGCGCAACCUGGACAGGGAGCUGAGCCACGCCGUGCCGGACAUGUCCAUCCACGGCAGCCUGUCCUCGGUGCACUGCUGUCUGGACAUGAAGCACUACCAGCUGAUCAGAGGCCUGCUGGAGAACAACCUGGGAGAGCCGGUGGAAGAGUUCCUGCGACCCUACAACCUCCAGGACCCCAGCAGCUAUACGGUGUUGAGUGGAGAUGUCUUUACCAACCUGUCCUUCCUGGUGGACAUGAUGGACGUCAGCCUGGAGCUCCUGGACAGCCCAACCCGGUCCGAAUGCAGGCGCUCCUUGGCGAGGUUUGACUUCAUGAAGUCGAAGGUGCUCUUUGAGGGUUUCUCCAACGGAUCCAAGUCUGUCAACCUGGUGUCUCAUUCUCUGCUGGCGCACGACACCCGCUACACGGGCGCCAGGAGGGGCGCCGAGGGCCUCAGGCACAAUGUGUUUGACUGCAUUCUGCAGCCCUCCAAAACGGGCACCAACCGGGCGUCCCUGCAGCUGGAGCUGCACUACAGGUCCACCCGCGAGUCCUCCUGCUUCACCGUGGUGCUCAAUAACCUCAGGGUCUUCCUCAUCUUCGACUGGCUGCAGCUGGUGCGGGACUUCCUCCACAUGCCGGCCGAGAGCGGGGCGGGCGGCGCCGAGGCCCGCCAGCGCUGGCCCAGCGCCGCCGGCGCCGAGCCGGGCCCCGCCGGGGCCCUCAUGCCCAAGACGGUGAAGAGCGGAGUGGUGACCAAGAGGUCCACCGUACCGGUCAACCAGGAGCGCUGCCUGGAGGUGAAGAUCAAUGUGACAGGCACCGAGUUUGUGGUGGUGGAGGACCUGUCCUGCCCGGAUACCAACGCCAUCAUUCUGAAGGGCACCACGGUCCUCACGUACAAGCCCCGUCUGGUGGACCGGCCCUUCUCCGGCAGCCUGGCCGGAGUAGAGGUGUUCUCCUGCCGGCUGGGCAGCGAGCAGGAGACGGCGCUGUCCAUCAUCGACCCCGUCAACGUUCAGGUGGACCUGUGUGGGAGCCCCACCUACCAAAGCAGCUCCGGGCUCUUGGAUGCCUUCAAUGUGGAGGACAUCCCGCCGCUGCUGGAGACCCAGCUGAGACACCUACAGGACCUGGGCUUUAGGAAAGAGGACUGCAUGGCUGCUCUGAGACACUGCAAAGGCCAGCUGGACCAGGCUGCCACCUGGCUGCUGGAGAACGCUGAGAGCAUGGCUGGACAGCCCAGGACCAGAGCUGGCUCUGACAGCCACAGCCACUCUGCCCCCCUCUCAGGGGUGGAGGUCAAGGCUGAGAGCGUCUGCAUCUGCUUCAUCGACGACUGCCUGGACUGUGACAUCCCCCUGGCAGAGCUCACCUUCUCCAGGCUGUAUGUUCUGCAGCGCAUCGGCUCCACCCAGGAAGGCAACGCCAGCUUCACUCUGUCUGGGGACUACUACAACAGAGAGCUGUCAGGCUGGGAGCCCAUCAUCGAGCCCUGGCCCUGUUUCCUGUCCUGGCAGCAGCAGGCCGCUGGCCGCCUCCACCCCCCACGCCUCAAAAUGGGGAUACGAGCCAAGCAGAGGCUGGACAUCAACAUCACAAGCCCCAUCAGCACAUCCAGCCAGAGGACGGUGAACGCUGCUCCACAGGUCUGUACUGUAGCCUCGUCCUGUUGGCAGAGCAGCUCCCGGCCUGGGUUUGGUCUGGCCCAAAAUCAGAGGUACCCUGCUGUGGAAAGUCCAGAUCCCCUAGAAUGCAGCCCCCCGUAUGAGCCCACUGUGUGCACGCCGCGGUUCCACUGCUCCGUUUGUCAUGGUGGCACGUCGGCUGGAAACCAUGCCAAGCUGUCAAAGAGGAGGCAGCCUUUUGUGCCAUACGCUCUGCGCAACCACACCGGAUGCACCAUGUGGUUUGCCACCCUGACCACUACUCCCACAAGGGUGGCGCUGUCUCAUAGCAGCAGCGCGGACUCCAUCUCUGAGGUCCACAGCUCGGGUGCUGAUGACUCCCACAACGUGAGCCAGUGGAGAGAGGUCCUGCCUGGGGAGGAGGUCCCGUUCGAGUUUGAGGCUCGGGAGAAGCUGCGCCACCGACACACUCACGAGCUGAAGCUUCACCAGCUGCUGGUUCGGGUCUGCGGAUGGGAGCAAGUCAAGCCCGUGUCCGUGGACAAAGUGGGCAUUUUCUUUCGUUACGCAGCUCCAGACAGGACCAACUCUUCCAACACAGUGGGCAGCCCCAUCAGCAGGACCAACAUCAUCCACCCUCAUGUCUAUUUUUCGGCCCUGCCUCCUGUCAGGGUUGUCUUCGCCAUCACAAUGGAGGGCAGUGCAAGGAAGGUCAUCACUGUGCGCUCGGCCCUCAUGGUGAAGAACCGGCUGGAUGCUCUGAUGGAGGUCCGACUGGACAGUCCCUCCGCACCCGACAAGCCGGUGGUGUUGCCUCCCAUCUUGCCCGGGGAGGCUCUGGCCAUCCCUCUCCAUCUGACCUCCUGGAGGCUGCAGGCCCGGCCCAAAGGCAUGGGCUUGUUCUUCUGUAAGGCUCCCAUCCACUGGACCAGCGUGGAGCGGCCGGGGGAGAUCAGCAGCUCUAAAAGGGAGUGUCAGACUGCAGACGUGGAGGACAGCCCCAAGGGUAACUUCAGGCAGGCGUCUGGCGGGGCGCAGCAGAUCUACCGGCAGCCGGGCCACACCGUCUACCUGCUGCCCACCAUGGUGCUGCACAACCUGCUGCCCUGUGACCUCAGCUACUACAUCAAAGGAACGGCCAUCCUAGGCACCCUGAAGCCGGGGAAGGAAGCCGUGCUCCACUCGGCGGACACCUCGCAGAACAUGGAGCUGGGAGUGCUGCUGGAGAGUUUCCCUGUUUGCAAGGAGCUGCUGAUUCCACCGGGCACUCAAAACUACGUGGUGCGCAUGAGGCUGUACGACACCAACAAACGGCUGCUGUGCCUCACCAUCCGCAUCAUCCUGCUGGCUCAGGGCGCUCUGAAGAUUCUGAUAUCCUCCCCCUACUGGCUCAUCAACAAGACUGGCCUGCCCUUAAUAUUUCGUCAGGACAAUGGGAAGACGGACACGGCGGGGCAGUUCGAGGAGCACGAGCUGGCCCGCAGCCUGAGCCCCCUACUCUUCUGCUACACCGACAAGGAACAGCCUGCCAUGUCAGUGUCUCUGCCCGGAGUCUGUCCCCAGUGCUUCCACACGCUGAUGGGCUGUUUCUUCCAUGAACCCUCCUCUAGGUGCACCAUGCGGAUCGGGAAAGGAAUCCACCCGGACGGAGUUCCAGGCUGGUGCCAAGGCUUCUCCUUAGAUGGAGGGAGUGGGGUCAGAGCAGUGAAGGUGAUCCAGCAUGGCAACAGGCCCGGACUCAUCUACAACAUAGGGAUCAGCGUGCGUAAAGGAAGAGGUCACUACAGAGACACCCACAUCGUGACCUUUGCUCCACGCUACCUGCUGGACAACCGCUCCACCCACAAACUGGCCUUUGCUCAGAGAGAGUUUGCCAGAGGAAAGGGGGCGGCCAACCCAGAGGGCUACAUCUCCACCCUGCCGGGCUCCAGCGUCGUCUUCCACUGGCCCAGGAACGACUAUGACCAGCUGCUGUGUGUGCGCCUCAUGGACACGCCCAACUGCACCUGGUCAGGAGGCUUCGAGGUCAACAAACCAAAGUCCUUCCACGUCAACAUGAGGGACACGCUGGGGAACUGCUUCUUCCUGCGGACGGAGAUCACCCUGAAGGGAGCCACCUACCAGAUCUCCUUCACAGACACUGACCAGCUGCCUCCCCCCCUCCGCAUCGACAACGUCUCAGAGGUGCCCAUCCAGUUCUGGCAGCACGGCGUGGCGGACAUCCGGCUGCACACGGAGGUGAAGGCCCUGUCGGUGCUGGACUACGCCUGCGACGAGCCCACGCUGCCCCCCUACCUCACGCUCACCGUGAAGGGGGCGGGCUCGUCCGAGGUCACGGCCGACAUGAACUUCUUCAGGGAGUACAACAAACUCUACUACGAGAACUUCAUCUACAUCGCGGCCAGGCACACCUUCUCACAGAAUGCUGAGCGGAGACCUGUUGGGAAGAAGCACGUGGUGAGCUGCGCCGAGCUGGUCCUGGACGUGGACACCAAGACUCAAAGGGUCAUCCUCAGGAAGAAGGAGCCGGGGAAGCGCUCCCAACUGUGGCGGAUGACGGGGGCUGGCAUGCUUUGUCACGAGGGCUCCUCGCCGCCCCAGAGCAAGCCGGCCCAGCCGCGGCCUCUGGACUCCUCGCUGGUGCUGGACAUCGCCGGGCUGGCAGCCGUCAGCGACAACAGCUUCGAGCCGCUGAUGCUGCGGAGGCCAGACUCCCGGCGCAGCACCACCCAGACCUGGUACUUCAGCUCAGGCAUGCUGACCUGCGGCCUCCCUCGCCUCGUGGUCCAGGUACACGCGCCCUUCCUGUCUUCUCAGUGCCCCCACUGCACAGUUACCACAGCCUCGCUUGUCCAACAACAGGUGAAAGGUGGCGUGGCGGGCCUGUACGACGGGGCGGAGGUGGUGCUGGGACCAGAUUCAGGUCUGAUGGAACCGGGCCCUCAGCAGCAGUUCAUCAACCAGAAGAUGAGGCCGGGGUCUGGGGUGCUGUCGGUCCAGGUGCUGCCCGACGGGCCCACGCGGGUCCUCCAGAUCAGUGACUUCAGUCAGAGGAGGACCACCCGGAGCUCAGCCAGCUCAGAGCAAGAGCGGAGCAAAGAGGCUGGACCGAAGGCGGAGCCUGAGAAGGAGCUGGAGGUUUUGGUCAGCCUGGAGGAGGGUCUGGGGGUGUCUCUGGUCAACAAAGUUCCCGAGGAGCUGGUGUUUGCCACGCUGUCCGGUGUGGACGUCCACUUCACUCGCACCGAGGCCAACGAGGUGUUGGAGCUGAGCAUUCAGAACAUCCAGGUGGACAACCAGCUGCUGGGCACCACCCAGCCCGUCAUGCUGUGCGUGACUCCCAGCUCUGGCGAGGCCGGCGUCAGCGACAGCGGCCCGGCCCUGCAGGUGAACUCGGUCAAAGUCCCCAGCAGGCUGAUGCUCACAGACCUCUUCAAGCUGCUGCUAAAGCUGCUCAGCUUCUUCAGCUACGGGGACGCAGAGGCUGGUGGGUCCCACGUCCUCCUGAGCUCUUACCCCUGUGUGUGUCCUCAACUAAAAGAAGAAAUCCUUGUUGUGCCGAACACAGAGCUGGAGAAACUGGAUGAGAGCCUGCACGAGAGGCCCAGUGAGGUAGCAGGACCUCUCAAACGCUACUACUUUGAGAACCUGAAGAUCAGCCUCCCUCAGGUCAAACUCAGCGUCCUCACCUCUCACAAGCUGCCGCCAGACCUCAAGGCCCUGAAAGGCACGCUGGGCUUCCCUUUGGUUCGCUUUGAGGACGCCGUCAUCAACAUGUACCCCUUCACCAGAGUGCACCCCUACGAGACCCAGGAGAUCAUCAUCAAUGACAUCCUCAAGCACUUCAGAGAGGAGCUCAUGAGCCAGGCUGCUCAGAUACUGGGCUCUGUGGACUUCUUGGGGAACCCCAUGGGCCUCCUCAAUGACGUCUCCGAGGGCGUGUCUGAGCUCAUCAAGUACGGCAACGUGGGUGGUCUCAUCCGCAAUGUGACCCACGGCGUGUCCAACUCUGCUGCCAAGUUUGCAGGGACUCUAUCGGACGGGCUGGGGAAGACCAUGGACAACCGGCACCAGAGGAUCAUUGGCGGCAUGACCAGCAUCAUCACCUCCACAGUGGAGGGGGUGAAGACGGAGGGGGGAGUCAGCGGUUUCUUCUCUGGGCUGGGCAAAGGUCUGGUUGGCACCGUGACCAAACCGGUGGCCGGGGCUCUGGACUUUGCGUCAGAAACAGCCCAGACGGUGCGGGACAUGGCCAGCCUCAGCAAUCACAGGCUGGGCGUGCAGCGCGUCCGGAAGCCUCGCUGCUGCAAGGGGCCCCAGGGCCUGCUGCCCCGCUACUCGUCCACGCAGGCCGACGGCCAGGAGCAGCUCUUCCGCCUGACCGACAACAUCCACUCCGAGCUCUUCAUCGCGGUGGAGCCCAUCGACAGCUACUGCGUCCUCAUCUCCUCCAAGGUGGUCUACUUCCUGAAGCCGGGGGACUACGUGGACCGGGAGGGCAUCUUCCUGGAGGUGAAGUACGACGACCUGUACCACUGCCUGGUGUCUAAGGACCACGGGAAGGUCUACGUGCAGCUGACCAAGAAGGCCGAGAGCACCAGCAGCGGGGUGGCUAUGCCCGGACCCUCCCACCAGAAGCCCAUGGUUCACGUGAAGAGCGAGAGCCUUGCAGUCAAGAUCUCUCAAGAAAUCAACUAUGCCAAGAGCCUGUAUUACGAGCAGCAGCUCAUGCUGCCCGCCAGUGAGAACGAGGACUCUUUGCUGCUGGAAUCCUGAUCAGGACUUCCUCAGAAUGGACCCGGAGAGGCCUCUCCGCCCCCGGGGGGGGGCAGGUCUCGGCGUUUUGUUGGAUUUGACGCACUGAGGUCAGACGUUGAACAAAGCACACUCGACUUGGAGAAGCCAAGUAUGGCCUGGCUGGCCCUGUGGGCCACAGAACCCCCACCCAGCGCGUACACAGGUAUCCAACCCCCGCACGGGCCAAUAAUGUGAACUCUAACUGCCUUUACAGCUCUAUUUUGUGUACCAGACUAUCAAAGACAGGGAGAGCGAAUUGCACUGACACAGGGAAGGGAGGGACCUCUCUGACUGUGGAGUUACCUGCCACUGUCUGCUCUGCCUUUUCCACUCACAGACAGGUCCGUCUCAUCUCUCUGCUUGUAUUUAAUAAAGUUUUUUAACGAGCCCUGUUUUGUUUGUAGAAGACAUGCUGUGUGGCCUGUCAGGGGUCGGGUGGGGACUCCACCUGCAUCAAAUAAAGCACCAGACU